ACUCUAGUAAACUAUAAAAAUAAGCUUUCAUAUGAAAACUACUUUUAUUACAAUUUUGAAAUGUACAUUACAUUAUGUGUGAUUUAGGAGUUAAGAUUAUUGUUAUUUUUGCUAUAUAACUGUGUUAUAGUUUUUAUUAUGAAGUCUACUAAAAACAUUGGGACUGGUUUAUUAUGGGGAGAAUUACCAGCAAGAGAAACUCUCAAGCCAGAAGUCAUAACUCCAGAUAUCAUAGAAAAUGUUUGGAGACAAGUUAUGGAAGACUCGAAUAAUGUAGAUUGUGAUUUUCAAAUUGAUAGGCAACCUGAAUAUAUACAGCUACCUGUGGGAAAUCUUCAUGUGUUGAAUACUAUAAACUUUCAUCAACAGUUACGGAUGAUGGAGGAAGGAAUGGUAUUGGGAAACAUGACUACAAUCGAGGAACAAGACUUACAAGAUGUGAAAGAGACACAAAAUUCGUUUCAUUUUUUGCCUGUACAGAAAGAAAGAACUGCCUUCAAAGAUUCUUCUACAGUGCAUUAUCUCACACCAGAAACAGCACGUUCCAUAUUGAGGCAUGCAGUGAUUAUUCUCUUAGCUCACAGUGGAUAUGAAGAGUCAUCGGAUAUAGCUAUAGAGACGCUUACAGAUAUUGUGGAUCAUUUUUUAAGAAGAAUGACGCUUUUAAUGAAGGUGGCAUACGAACAAAGAGAUCACGGUUUUCCUGAUAUAGCAGAAAGAGUUUUGUUGGAAACAGGUGUUGGUGGUGUAGCUGCUCUUCACGAUUACUAUCAAGAAUAUGUUCUGAAGUUUGAAGAAAACAUGAGAAAGAAGGUUGAAGCAAUGAUGGAAAAACAGAGAAUGGUCUUGGACGAAGCAGCCAAUAAAUUGCAAUUUGAGGAACUCGAUGAAUUUGGUAAUGUCUAUCGGGAGGUACCGACUCUUCAAUUACUAGAUCCUGAAAUGGGCUUUCCCCCUAGUCUUGAUGCUGGGUUUCAAAUGUUAUAUAGUCUUGAACAGGAUGAAUUGAACAGCUUGGAGGUUGAAGAAGAAGAAGUAAAUGUUAGCGAUUCUCCGAGUACUGGACAACGAUCUGAUACAUCGACGGAUAAAAAAAAAUGUUGAUAUAAUCGAUAAUCGUACAAGUUUAGUUUGU